AAGCGUCAGGAUGCUGUUGGUUUAAUGGACACGGGCUCCACACCGGCUGAGUUCUUCUCUCGGUUUGCAUUUCAGGAAUGAAAUUAUGUUGCCAGGUAUUUUAAUUUUCUGUGUGAUUUCCGUCAGCACUCUGCGCAUCUCAUCAGCUGUGGAGCUACAACCUGGCAUGCCAAAUGUUUGCGUUGACCGGGAGAUGUCUGUGUUGGGGACACACCAGCCUUGUGUCCAGGCAUUCACACGCUGGGUGAAGGUGUGGAGACAGGGCUGCACACACCAGCGAUGGUGUGUCAGCUAUGAGAGGAGGACAGCAUAUUACACUGCCUACAGGCAGAUGUACACCAUGAAUGUCCAUGCUGCCUAUAAUUGCUGCCCUGGCUGGAUUCGGAAGGAAGAAGAGAUGGGUUGUCUGCACAGGGUCUGUCAUACCAAUACCUGUUUCAAUGGAGGGCAGUGUGCAGAGAGCGGCCAUCAGAUAUGUCAGUGUCGGGAGGGCUUCAAAGGCACACAAUGCCAGUAUGAUGUUAAUGAAUGUGAAAUCAAUGAUGGCGGCUGUGAAGGCUCUUGCUGCAAUACCAUUGGUAGCUAUUACUGCAAGUGUCCUGACGGCAGAAGAUUGGGGAGAGAUGGCAAGUCAUGUCAUGAUGUCAAUGAGUGCGAUGAGCUCAAUGGGGGAUGCCAGCAGGCGUGUGUGAACACACCAGGGUCUUAUCACUGUGAGUGCAGGGAGGGCUUCCGCAUGCAUGCUGAUGGUCGCACUUGCAUUGCUGUGAAUUCUUGCUUGGUGGAGAAUGGUAGAUGUGAGCAUAAGUGUGUGAAUGUGGGGGACAAUCACCACAAAUGUGAAUGCCGGAAGAACUACAAGUUAAGGAGAGAUGGAAGACAUUGUGAAAUCAGUGACCCCUGUGUGAACAACAAUGGCGGCUGCGCCCAGCUGUGUCUUUCAGAAGACGGCCGAGUUGAGUGCAGCUGCAGAAGUGGUUUCAAGUUGUGAGAUGGCAGGAAAUGUGAGGACAUAGAUGAGUGCAGUUUGGGCUUUGCCAAGUGUUCCCAUGGCUGUAUCAACACACCAGGUUCCUUCAGCUGUUUGUGCCAUCCAGGCUUUGAACUUGGUGCUGAUGGUAAACAGUGUUACCGCAUUGAGAUGGAGAUAGUCAACAGCUGUGAGAAGAGCAACGGAGGUUGUUCUCAUCGGUGUGAACACACCACCGGUGGUCCUGUCUGCUCUUGCAGUCAAGGGUACCGGCUGGACCAGGACAGGAAGACUUGUGUAGACAGUGAUGAGUGUGCCAGCGGGGAAUUCUGCUGCAGUCACUUCUGUAAAAACUACCCAGGUGGUUACCAGUGCACCUGCAGAGCCGGCUACACGUUACACACAGACUGCUGUGGCUGCGACGACGUUGAUGAGUGCCUGAUGGAGACAUCGGGCUGUAGCACAGGUUGUAUCAACACACUGGGAACAUAUGAGUGCUUUUGUCUGGGCUUCCGCUUAGACCAAGACCAGCACUCCUGCAUCUCUCUUUAUGAUGGAGAUCUAGAGGAAGAUGAAGAGGGGGAGCCCUUGGAGGUUCAUAUGCUGCCAGACCUGCUUUUCCGCAGGCCUCCUCAACUCCUGCAGUAUACUGCAGCCUUGCAUUCCCGUUACAACACCGAUGAUGAUGUUGGCGAUAGCAAACAAUUAGAAAUUCAAAGAGAGCGUCGAGGAGAACUUCAACUGGUCAGCCAAAUUGAGUGUCUAGAUGGUUCAUUUGGUGAUGACUGCAGUGUGAGCUGCGAUGACUGCGUGAAUGGACAGUGUAGCACAACCAGAGACGGCUGUGAAUGUUCACCAGGAUGGACGGGCACGGUCUGCAAUCAGACUUGUCCACAAGGGACUUACGGUCUGGCGUGCAACAGUCUGUGCCGCUGUCAGAACGGAGGCUCUUGUCACUCUGUGACUGGAAACUGUUUGUGUCCUCCUGGCGUUCACGGUCUGCUCUGCGAGGAUGGUUGUCCACGGGGCUUUUUUGGGAAACACUGCCAAAGGAAAUGUAAGUGUCCUAACAGUGGGCACUGCCACCAUCUCUAUGGAGCCUGUGUGUGUGACUCAGGAUUAUAUGGGCGAUUCUGUCACCUAUCUUGUCCCAGGUGGACUCACGGUGCAGGCUGUUCCAAGGAAUGUGACUGUGUUCUGGAACAUUCCACUGGCUGUGACCCCAAGACAGGAAGCUGUUUCUGUAAGCCUUCCUACCACGGACCACAGUGUGAGAAAGUGUGCGAGGUCGGUUUCUUCGGUGCAGGCUGUGAGCAGCCGUGCGACUGUCCAGGUGGAGGGUCAUGUGACCCCAGGACUGGAGAGUGUAGCCAGCUGUGUCCUGCAGGUUUUCAUGGAGACAAAUGUGAACUUGGUUGUCCUGCUGGAAUGUUUGGGCUAAAUUGCAGCCAGCUGUGCCGGUGUUCUGGAGAGCGAGAAUAUUGCCAUCCUGUGACUGGGAAUUGCAUCUGUCUACCUGGAUACUAUGGGAAACACUGUGAGUUACGAUGUCGAACAGGAACAUUUGGGCCAAACUGCAAGUCAAGAUGUAGGUGCAUCAACGAUGGUCGCUGUGACUUCAGGACGGGGGUGUGUCACUGUCCUCCUGGAUUCAUUGGAGCUGACUGCAGCUCAAGUUGUCCGAGUGGCUACUAUGGAAAGGAUUGUGCUAAGCUUUGUGCAUGUAGAGAGGACGGACGGUGCCACCCAGCAACAGGGAGGUGUAUCUGUACCCCCGGUAGGAUGGGGCAGUCCUGCCAACAAGACUGUCCUGCGGGGCGCUACGGUCCACAGUGCAGAAACCUCUGUGCCUGUCAGAACGGAGGUCUGUGUGACCCAGUCAGUGGGUUUUGCAAGUGUGGACUUGGCUGGACUGGACUCCACUGUGGCACAGCAUGUUCCCAGGGAAAAUAUGGACCUGAUUGUGUGCAAGACUGUACAUGCCAAAAUAAUGGCACCUGUGACCGUUUCAGUGGCACCUGCAGCUGUACUGCUGGAUACUACGGAGAUGCAUGUCAACACGGAUGCCCGUCUGGUUUUUUUGGAGUGAACUGUGCCAGUACUUGUGACUGUAAGGAGGGCAACACAUGUGAUCAUGUGACAGGACAAUGUCUAUGCCCCCCAGGCUACUAUGGGCCACAAUGCCAAACAAGGUGUGAAGUGGGCAGAUUUGGGCUGAGCUGUGGAGAGACAUGUGAGUGCCAUGGCGGGACCCCGUGUGAUGCAUCCACAGGACGGUGCCUCUGCCCCUCUGGAAGAACAGGGCAGAGAUGUGAAAGAGACUGUGCUGGAGAACGUUUUGGCCCAGACUGUUUCCUGCUGUGCCAGUGUUCCCAUGGGGCCCGCUGCGAUGGGCUUAACGGGCGGUGUCUGUGCCCACUCUCCUGGUUGGGCCCCACUUGUAGUGAACCUGUACUAUACCAAAUACCAGGAUCACUGAGCUUCUCUCUGACCCAAAAGAGAAGACGAGCAGGCAGUAGAACCACAUAGCCCAAAUAAAGGAGCAAACACAGGACUGGACAUUCAAAUACAGGGCUUGGAUCUUCAAAGAACUGCUACACUCAUGAUGGUCAUGAAGGGAAUUCUGUGUAUUGUUGUCAUACUAGGCAUUGUCUCUGAGCCUGGUACUCAAACUGAUCAGGCAUUGGACUGCACAUAGCAACAGAAUAAAAAAAAACAAACUCUAAAUACACAAAACUGUCUACAACAGAGGUUUACAAACUGUGAGGCGUGCUCCCCCCUGGGGGGCACCAAAGUUCUUCAGGGGGACCACGAGGGAUGGGUACCAUGAACGGGUUCUUUUUGAGAAUCAUUAAGAAAUGAUUUGAUCCAUCGAUAUCAAUAGCCUUUUUUGCAUAACGAGUCCCUUAUCGGUCCUUCAGAGCAGCCAUUGUUUUAGAGGGUGUUUUAUCAGGAAAAUGAUCAUUUCUAUCUAUCGAUCUUUCUAACCGCUUCUGUAAUGGCUCAGCUUUGAAGCUUGAACCAAUGAAGCAGUGCUCCGAUCCACUGCUGCAUUAGUUCAUUGCUUCGGUGCUUUUCAGAAGCGGCAAGUCCGCUUCUCAGCCCCUCUCAAAGCCAUUUAAAAAUGUCCUUUGUGAGUCACUUUUGUGCAGAUUAAAGUCACUAACUGGGACUCUUGUCUUGUUGUAGGAAAGAAACGCGUAUCGCCCUCCUUUCCGUUUGCACAGCUCUAAACACUACGCUAGUCUCUGUCGAAUCAAGUUAGAGUCCGGUCAGAAUUAAUAACUUCAAAGCGAAUCACCGUUUUAAAUGACAGCUCUUUCCAAGCAUUGUAACACAGACAACAAGCUACAACAGACUAAAAAUUGGUUUUUUUCUCCCAAAAUGAGACAUCCUGCGUUCUUUAUGAAUUACAUUGAUGUUGACUUGCAGUGCAACUGGCUGUAUAAGAGCUCAGCUUAAAGGUAUGGAGUUAGAUUUGUGCCGUUAAUCUCUGAAAGGAAAUGCUUUUGAGAAAAACUACAGAUUUUGUUUAUUUUUAUUUAUCUCCAGAGCUCAAGGUUCCA